CUUGAAAUCGCCUAGUAGGGAAUGUUUCGUCGAUGGCUGUGGGCUUCAUGGUUCAGCCUUUUCAUGGUUCGCCCUAGCCUAGCGUAUUUGGGCGGGCUUGAGGUCGGGCAGGCCAAAUUGGCCGCUACAUCAGAAGCCAAGGGUUGGCAGAGCUACCGCUUCGUCAAUGACUUCCCAGAUGUUCCAGUCGUGGUUGUCAUGCCAGGCGCCUCUGACUACCUCACGGACCCGAGCAGUGUUCGACUCCGAAACAUUAGUCGCACCCAUUUCGAGGCGUCGAUCGCAGAGCCGUUGGGGAGAGAUGGCAGUCAUCCUGGAAUGAACUUCAACUACAUUGCUAUGUCCCAGGGCAUUUUUCUGGUCAAUGGGUCCACCUUUGAAGCAGGAGUGUUGGACAUCAAUGAACGGCAAGCAGCGAGUUGCCGGCCUUUGGCCUUUCCAAAUAAGGCCUGGGCGGAGGUGAGGUUCCAGCACAACUUUUCACAAGCGCCGGUCUUCCUCACCUACAUCCAAAGCUCCAAUGGUGAAGUCCGAGCCUUGCCCACUGAAGCGCCCUCCGAGCCGUGGCUUACGAUGGCCGUGACAGCGCUGUCUGAGAGCUCAGCUCUGGUGGCCUUGGACUCGAACACUGCCCCAUCGGAGACCUACAAUGAUGUGCCCGAAACCAUUGGAUACAUUGCGCUUGAGAAAGACUCACUCGGGACGCUGGAGGCCACAAGCGAUGGAGAUUUCCUGGAGCUCCAUGCUGAUGCAGUUAGAUGUGAAGCGAAUACCUGGCUUGACGUUUAUUCAGCAUCAGCGCGGGGCUGCAUGCGUGAGAUUCUUGAAGCUUCUGCUUGCUCCCAGGCAUUCAUCAACUAUGGCUCGACUUCAGGCCGUUGCGGUUGCAUUGAAGUCAAUGCAGAUUGCACACAGACGGUGUCUGAUGCGGAGACCAAGGUUUAUCGCAUUCUGAGUGUUUCGAGUCCGGCUGGCGCCCUUGUCACAUAUCUGGGGCUCAGCAAGAUCCUCGAAGACUCCAGCUAUAAGCAGAUCAAAUCUGGCUCUUGGCCAAGUGUCGGCUUGGGCAGUGCUUUGCAGUCCAGUUCUCCAGUGCUGAUAGCCAGUCCGGAAACUAGAGGAGGUGGCGAUGGUGUGUGGUAUCGCUUAAAUUUUGGCACGGUGAGCUCGAGCAGCGCCCAAUUUAUUGUAGAGGAGGCUGGAUAUAGUGGCGCAACGAGACAGGAGGUCUCCCUGCCGCUGGCAAGCAGCACUUUCACUGCAAACUUCGCAGCGAGUGGUAGCCAGACCUUUAGUUUUUCAUCUUGCGAUGUGACCCAGCUGGUUGAUUCUGGUGCAGUUUUCAAGGACAGCACAGAGCUUCGACUGGAGGUUCAAUGCAGCCAGUCAACUUGCUUGGACAUUUUGCGCGUUGGAGGUGACAGUGCGAAUGCCUGGAUGAUCUCUGGGAUCUCGAGCCAGUUCACGGUCAACAUUGGCCAAUGGCAAUCCAUCACUGUACCGUUGUGGACGGCCUCUUACACUGGCAGUAUCCCAUGGAACGACUUGACGUUUCUGGAGGUGUUCUCUGAUUUUGGCAAUGUCGACUUCAGCUUGCGUAAUUUGGAACUGUAUGUCGCACCGGAAACAUGUAAUGGAUUGAGAGACCAUGGUAGAGCGGAAACACUCUCCGUUUUGGCCUUUGAUGCCGCUUUCCAUGUAGAAGUUGGAACGACAACAACAAGCACUACAAGCACCAGUACCAGCAGUACGACAUCAUCCACUAGCAGCAGCAGCAGCAGCACCACCACCACCACCAGCACCAGCACGAGUUUCACAUCCAGCAGCAGCAGUAGCAGCAGCACGAGCACCAGCAGCACCAGCAGCACCAGCAGCAGUUCCUCGAGUUCAAGUUCCACCACUACAAGUAGUAGCUCCACAGCGAGUUCCUCCACUUGGAGCACCACCACUGGCACCGGGACUAGAUCCUCCAGCAGCACCAGCAGCAGCUCCACCAGCAGCACCAGUAGCACCAUCAGCAGCAGCACCACAAGCGAAAGCGCCACCACCCUCAGCAUCACAACCAGCAGCAGCAGCAGCAGCAGCACCAGCAGCAGCACCAGAAGCACUGUCACAGCCACCAGCACCACCUCCUCAAGUAGCACUGAAAGCACCAGCACGUCUAUCUCUGCCUCUACCUUCACUUCCUCAACCACAAGCCGAUCCGUAAGCAGCACAUCCAGCACCAGGAGUACCUCCAUGGCUGCAACCAUGCAGGCUAUGCUUCUAGUGGAGCUUGAGCAGAGCACAGCGGCAUUGGUCAGUGAAUUGCUUUCGGCGGAGAAUGGGAGUGCGGUGGUGGCGGAAGCCUUUGGCACGAUGACCGCAGUGAAGUUGCCAGGUUUGAACUCCACCACGACUCCAUUUGUCUCCAUUGCAGAGGGCAGCCCUGCUGCAGCUGUCCUCCCAUUGGAGGUGCUGGCCAUCUCAGAUGGGGCUGCUUUGGUGAUGACCGCCUUCAAUGGCAACAGCAGCCUUUCCAGUGGCUUGUCCAGCAGCAAUCCGGAAGGGGGAAGUUCCUUCACCUCGAUGGUUGAUGCUGUAGAUAUCUCUUUGGUGGAUCUAGGAAACUUGGUGCCACGGAAGAUUAGUGCCACUACUCCCAUCUAUGUGCGAAUCGCCACCAGCAACGCCGAUCCAGCUUGGCGCUGUGCCUACUUGGAUGGUGAUACCUGGUCUGUGGAAGGUGUCCGCUUGGCAACAGCCGAAGAGCUUCGAGAUUUUUUUGGCCCAUCGGCAGAUAUCUCAGGUGUUUGGUGUGCAACACUCCACCUCUCCAUCUUCAGUGCGGUGAUCGAUGUGCUGCUGGAUUGUACCAACUUGAAUGUGCUUUCCCCCGAGAAUUUGCAGGAGGUUCUGAAACGGGGCUGGUGGAUUCGUCCCCCUGCUUUGCUGCUUGCUGUGGUGCUGAUAGCACUGCUCGGUCUCCUUGUUCUGGGCUUCAGGGAAGAUGGCAAAAUUCGAAAGCUUGAUCUGUGGAGGGACGAGUACUUCUUGACAGAAGUGCCACCGGUGUCCAGAUGUAAUUGUGCUUCCAUCUCGGCCUCUGUGUCGACUUGCGUUCCGAGAUGCGUGAAAGAACCCAAGAGGUUCCAAGACUAUGUGCCUGCUUUCACGGCCGAGAAGUCUCUGGAGUCCUUUGCGCAAUUCAAUGACUGGGUGAAACAUUUGGAUAAGACCUUGGAACCCAAUCUGCCGGUGAAGAUGCAGGAGCUGGUUCUUUGCCAGAACACCUUGAGGGAAGUGGCCUUUGAGCAGAAGCUGCACCCAGCUUUCAUGAUGGGCCACAUUUGGGGCCCUCAGGGUUGGGUGCAGGGCAGCUUGGCCGUGCAGAAAUCCCCGAAGCUCAAGUCCUUACACAUGGAACUACAAGAGACUCUCCCCAAGGCGUUUCGGAGCAUUCACAGCUCCCGCUGGCGGCGGCUUCUGUCCACCACACUGUCGUCCCACCCUGUGGGCGAGCUGUGGCAGUGGAACUUGCAUAUCGCCUCGGCCAAGCGGGCGAAGAUUAUUGCCGAUUGCAUUCUAGGCUCGCUCGCCUUCGUGGCGCUGUUCUUUUCCGUGGAUGGCUCGGCAGUGGCCGCGCGCAAGGCUUCGGACUGUCCGGUGCAGCAAGGUACUUUUCUGUGGUAUGCCUUCGUGGCCAUAGCUUCCAUUUGCUUGAACUUGAUCCCUCGAAGUUUGAUCACAUAUUUUGCAUACCGCGGCUUCGUGCAACACCGUCCGUCGCUGCGGAACUGGCAGCUGCGCGUGCGGCGCUGCAAAGACGUUGGAUUCUGGGUAUUGGGAGUGGCGAUCUCCAGUCUCCAAUUGCUGCUCAUCAUGGCAUUUCUGGCCAAUCUCCGCGAAGCGGACGAAUGGAAAUGGAUGAUUUCAUUUUUGGUGGUCCUAGCGCGCAAGAUGCUCAUCGUCCCAUUGCUUGCGUGCAUGUUUUCAAGCAUUGGGACAGAGCUGGCAGCUUUGACUCAGCCCUCCUUCGCAUCAAAGCCUCCGAAGCAGUUUGGUCUUGAUAUGGAUCUGGCAUCUCAUGAGGCUACGAUGCCACAGUCGACCUCAGCUUCAGCCGUUUGGAUGAAGAAGGUGGAGGAGUUGGCGAAUCGAGGCAUCACCAUUCGUCAGCUGGUGGGUUUUUAUGCUGAUCUCAUUGAGGGGACUUUGAUGCCUCACUUUGACCCGGACCGCUCGACCACUCAUGAUGUGGUACGCCAAGCGAUCAUUCCUUCUUCCUUGAAGCUCAGGACAUCCCGAUCCUUCAUGGUCGUCAUCCACAAUGCGGCCAAGCUUGCUGCAAGGGACAUCUUUAGCUCUGAUCCCUAUUGCGUGGUGAAUGUGUCGAGGAGCAGCGAAUCCAAGCGGAAGUGGCAGCCCUGGAAGGGCAUGGGGCGAACCAGGACGAUAAAGGGAAAUUGCAAUCCCAGCUGGAAUGAGGCAUUCUUGAUGCAAUAUGUCUUGGAAGAGGAUGCCAUUCACUUCAGCGUGUGGGACGAAGAUGCACUGAGCAAGGAUGAUGCCCUGGGGGAAGUGCUGCUGCCGAGUCCGGCCUUUUGGUGUGGCUUUGAAGGAGACCUGAGGCUACAAGGAGUCAAUGAUGCUUCGUUGCGAGUCUCCAUAAGACCGUAUGACUGUAAUGCUGAUGGGGUGGCUGCCCUGGACAACUUUCGGGAGAAGGUGUCGGAGCGCAAGCCGUCGAAAAGGGUGUUACACAUAAGAGAUGCGGAGGCCUCAGAGGCCCUUCCCAGCAACGGGGCAGACUCACUAGAUUUGUCGGAGAAGCUGGUGGUGAUUCCCUCUCCCAGACUCUGGCCUUUGGAAGCCUCUCGAGGGGCCUUUGAGGAGAAAGCGCCCACCGUCUCAGGCCUUUCGUAUGCUUCUUGCGUGAACAUGGGUCGUCCUUGUCCAGCAGAGAAGAUGGUGACGCACAGCUGGGGCAACAAGUUCAGCUAUUUGAUUGGUGCCAUUCUCGGUGAUGCUUUGCAAGCUGAACGCUAUGAUGGCGUAGUGGAGCUACUGAAAAAGCACCAAUUUCAGGAGUUGUGUGAGGCGCUGACGCGCAACGAGAGCUUGGAUACUCCUUACUGGGUGUGCGCCUUUUCAGUGAACCAGCAUCGCGGCAUCUGUGCGACUCCACCGGUCGUCGACUCCAUGGGCUAUCGCAUCGUGCCGUGCGACUGCGCCACGGAGAAGCAUUUCAACGGAGACCUGAGUGAAAUGAACAAGUUUGAUGACAUGAUGGCAUAUCUAAAACGUCACUUGCGCCGCAUGAGCACCACUGUACGCCUGGAGCAGGUGGUGGCCAUGGAGCCCGACUUUGCGUUGCUCAAGCGCGUGUGGUGCAUCGCAGAGCUGGUGGAGGCCAAUGAGUUGCAUCUGAACCAGACCAUCAUGAUCCACUCGGCAGCCUCUCGGAAUGAGUGCUUGCAUCGGUUGUUCUCCUUGGAUGUUCGAAUGGCGGAAGCCAGUUACCCAGCGGACAAGGACCUCAUUCUGGCCAAGAUUGUGGACGUGGAUCGUUUCAACAAUCAGCUCCAGGAGUCUCAGAUAUGUUUGUUUGAUCGAAAUGGGAUCACUUCCUUCUAGGUCGGCUCCCGUCCGUUCCAAGCCAUGCACCUUCUGGUCGGUCGUGGGAGUCAAGACGGACCGUGGCUGUGGGUCAGUCGAGCCCGUCGACCGAGUCCACCAAGUCUGAGUCGCCGCGAAGAGGCUGGGGGGUCGUCACGGGGCCGACUGAUCGAUCAGUCGGUCCGGCCACUUUGACCAUCCAAGGAUUUGGUCCUCCAUCGAUUGGACACUUUCCUUGAGGGCGGCCAUUCAAGAGUGGCCGCCAGGAUUUUGGAUGAGGUAGUGCUGGCUGUGGCUACGGUGGCCUUUUGAUCCGGCCUGUGCCUGGCACUUCCGUUUUCCAUGUGAUCUCAACAUGUCUUAUUCAAGGUGAGAUCGCUACUUGAAUUCAGGAGGCCCCCCAUUGCGCCCAUUUCCCAUAGCUCUUUAAAAGACGCUAUAGGCCACAAGCACAGGCAAGUCUGUUUGCAAAAGGCAGCUCCGACAUUCAGCAUUGCUGGGGAGGUCCGAGUGUGCCAAGGUCAUUUUUGCCGAAUUGUUCAUGAGUCUGCCAUCAUUCUUGAUGGCCAUGGCUGAACAGGUUCAACUGAAUGACGUUCCUUGCAACAACAUCAAGC